GCUUCGUUACACACGGAGCAAACGUGCCUCAAAGUAAGUUCAAGAUCGUUUUAGGGAACCGUGUCGUUCAGUACAUACCGGUAGGCAAUGUAAACGUUCAAUCGAACUGAACGCACCCCCCGAGUAUCCUGGAUGACUGUUUCCGCAUCUAGCCAGCUGUCCUAAUGAAUGAGGCGGAGGAUCUCCAGCAUUGCUUCUCAGUGAUAUAACUGCAAGGAUAUUAAUUUCACUAACAGUACCUUUAGAUAUCACAAUGCAGACCCUCACACCCCACGUGUAUUGGGCACAGCGUCAUGCAGACAUCUACCUGCGUGUGGAGCUGAGUGACGCUAAGAAUCUUGAUAUCUGCGUGCAAAACAACACCCUGCAAUUCAAAGCUCAGGGUCACGGAGCUAAAGGAGACCAUGACUAUGAGUUCAGUCUGGACUUCCUGGAACCAGUAAAACCUGAGGUUAGUCACAGGUCGACCCAGCGCCUGGUAAAUGUGACAGUGAGGAAGCAAGAGCAGCGUUGGUGGGAUAGACUCACUCUGCAGGAGAGGAAACCUCUCUUCCUGGCGCCAGACUUCGACCGUUGGCUCGACGAAUCAGACGCGGAGAUGGAGCUUCAGGCUAAGGUAGUCAUGACCAGGGAAGAGGGGAAGAUAAACAAGGUCAGCAUCGAGUCAAGGAUCCGUAAAGACCCCUACCUGGGCCUGAAGAAGGGCUAUCUGUUCAUGUACAACCUCGUCCAGUUCCUGGGCUUCUCCUGGAUCUUUGUCAACAUGACCGUUCGUCUCUUCAUCCUGGGACAAGACUCGUUCUAUGACACGUUCCACACCAUUGCUGACAUGAUGUACUUCUGUCAGAUGAUGGCCGUAGCAGAGGUCAUGAACCCUCUAGUGGGUCUGGUCAAGACAGGGGUGUUCCCUGCUAUGAUCCAGGUGGUGGGUAGGAACGUAAUCCUGUUUGUGAUCUUCGGUAGUCUGGAGGAGAUGCAGAACAAAGCAGUGGUCUUCUUCGUCUUCUACCUCUGGAGCACCAUAGAGAUCUUCAGGUGA